CUCUUCCGGCCGGACGCACAGCUGAUGCGUGACGUUUUGUUUUGGUCGCUCUUCUCCGGACGUUAGAAACCGACGGUUCCCGCAGAUCUCCGGCCUCCCCCCGCAUCUCCGACUCCUCAUCACGCGUCAGUGCGGGGCCGCAGCAAACAUGAAAUGGAUGUUUAAAGAGGAUCACUCCCUCGAGCACCGAUGUGUGGAGUCGGCCAAAAUACGCAGCAAAUAUCCCGACAGAGUACCGGUGAUAGUGGAGAAGGUGUCCGGCUCUCAGAUCGUGGACAUCGAUAAGAGGAAGUACCUGGUGCCCUCUGACAUCACAGUGGCCCAGUUCAUGUGGAUCAUCAGGAAACGCAUCCAGCUGCCUUCAGAGAAAGCCAUCUUCCUCUUCGUCGACAAAACCGUGCCCCAGUCCAGUCUGACUAUGGGCCAGCUCUAUGACAAGGAAAAGGACGAGGACGGUUUCCUGUACGUGGCCUACAGCGGAGAGAACACCUUUGGUUACAACGCCUUUCACACAACACGUGGUUAAUGCUCAUCUGAACACCAGUCUCACACACACACACACACACACACACACAGUAACACACACAGCUGGGCCCUACGCAGGUCUAUACAAGUGUCAUGUAAAUAACGCAUGUACACUAUCGGCAAUCUGCAUUUAUGGAAAAUGUUUUGAUACCACACACACACACACACACACACACACACACACAAUAUGAUGACCUGCAACAUGACUCUACAACAUGUCAUUUUUUGGAAAGCCCAGAUCAAUUAAUAUUUUAACUGUUUAAAGGAGAGAAACAUCUUUAACACUGCCAUGACAUCCAAUAAGAAUAACCACCACACAUACUGAGCACAUCACUCCUCAUUAGUUUAUUAACGUCAUCAGUGUCUCAAAUAAAAGAACACGCACACGCAUCAUCACACAGGACACGAUGUGGAGAGAAAUCCUGUGAUCAUAUAUUCAAUCAGUCAUUAAUCUCAUUAUGGAUGUAUUUAUAUGUCAUGUAUAAAGACUAAGAUAUGUAAUUUAACUCAACACGUCCACUCCAGGGACUAUAAGCAUGUGACAGGGGGCGGAGCAGGCUGCUGGCGUGCUGAAUGAGGGGGCGGGGCUGUAAAGUGGCGAGGAGGCAGCGGGUGUAGAGCGUGUGUUCCUCUCAGGGUGUUGCUAACAUUAGACUCCACCCAGGAUUCAGACCUGUGACGCCAACAUGUUCCUGAGUGAACCGCUAAUGAACUCCCAACACAAGGUUAUUUUUAAGUUGAUUUAAAUUUGAUGCAUGUUCUGUAUUUAACCUUCAGCAGUUUUCUGUUGCUGCCUUGAUGGAGUUAAAGGUCAAAGUUCAUGUGAAAGGCAACUGGGAAACCCAUCAGUGGUCCAGUGACUCACUAUGUUGCACUGGAAGAGAACCAGAACAACUGUUUACACCCCACUGAGACACAAACACGAGGCAGCUGCGUGUUUCCUGAGCUGUGACACACACACACACACACACACACACAUCCAACAGGUGCAUGACAACAACAUCACAAGCUUCGUUAUCCUGAGGUUUUUACCAGAUACACAACGUUCAACUCUGUCGCUGCAAAUUUUAGAGUUGAACAAGUUUGUGAAUAAAAUCACCGGAGGCAGAUUUAUCCUGUGCAGAGUUUGAAUCCCAUGGAAAACAAAAGCCACGUCCAGUAUUCCCAGUAAAGUGCUGCUCGGGUCAAUGGCCUGAAACCAGAAACCAUCUUCUCUCUCUCUCUCUCUGGAUGAAUCUGUCGCUGACGUUCUGACCACAGCUGAAGCUUCUGGUUCUGAAUCAGAGCGACUCACCUGCUGGUCCACAAGGCUGCCUCCAGAUGCUCUGUACAAGUGCAAUAUAAUGAUGAUGGAAUGCUAUGAUAUGGAGGAUUGUUUUAUUUCAUCUGUGUUGUAUGAUCGUUAAAUAUAUUUAAAAAUGAAACGUAGCAGAGUUUUAGAUAUUUGAAAAAGGUGAGGCAGCUGGAAGACCUGACCAAUAAAAGUCAAUCCAAAAUGAAA